AUGGCCGAUGGAUAUGCCCGUGUCAGCGGAACUCCCCAGUGUGUGCUAAUCCAUGUUGACGUGGGCACUCAGGCCCUUGGACCUGCGGUUCAUAACGCUUCGUGUGGCCGUACACCUGUCUUCAUAUUUGCCGGAUUGUCUCCGUUUACCCAGGAAGGCGAGCUUCGAGGAUCUAGAUCGGAGUUCAUCCACUGGCUUCAAGAUGUACCGGAUCAAAAGCAGAUUGUGGCCCAGUAUUGUCGUUAUACAGGAGAAUUAAAGACUGGGAAGAAUGUCAAACAAAUGGUUAAUAGGGCACUGCAAUUUGCUACUAGUGCGCCAAAGGGUCCAGUGUACAUGGUCGCCGGAAGGGAGAUACUGGAAGAAGAAAUCGAACCAUAUGCCCUUGACCAAAGACAAUGGUGUUCAAUCAUGGCCUCUGCUUUGCCGCAGGAUGCUGUCGAGGAUAUCUCAAGGCAUUUGGUGAUGGCAAAGAAUCCACUUGUGAUAGUAGGAUACACUGGCCGACAGGAAAAAGGGGUCAUUGAGCUGUUAAAGCUAGCAGAAUUGAUACCUGGACUCCGCGUGCUUGACACCGCUCUGUCUGAUAUGUGUUUCCCAGCCGACCAUCUAGCCUUUGUGGGAGUGAAGAACGGUAGUGAGGCCAUUGCUGCAGCAGAUUUCAUUUUGGUAGCCGACUGUGAUGUCCCUUGGAUACCCACGCUAUGCAAACCGUCGCCAUCUGCCACCAUAUUCCAUAUUGAUAUUGACCCCCUGAAGCAACAGAUGCCCGUUUUUUACAUUCAUUCGCAGGCAACGUAUCGAGCGGAUUCGGCAAUUUCUUUCAGCCAGUUGAACCAGUGCAUCUCAAACAAAACAGAUCUUACACAGACUCUAAAAAGCCCGGAAUAUCUGUCUCGACGCACUUUGUUGGAAAGCAUUCACAAGAAUAGGAUGCAGACCCUUGCGGAACAAGCAGCCACACCACCAGGAGCUGAUGCACCCUUGAACAUACCGUACCUUAUUUCACAAAUUCGUCAGGCUUGCCCAAAGGACACGAUAUGGUGCAUUGAGGCCGUUUCCAACUCUGGGAUAGUCUCUGAGCACAUCCGAGCGAACUUACCUGGCUCUUGGAUAAACAGCGGCGGCGGCGGACUAGGAUGGUCUGGCGGUGCUGCGUUGGGUAUCAAACUAGCCACCGAUGAUGAGAAUGAUGGUAAAUGUAAAGGGAGAUUCGUCUGUCAAAUUGUUGGAGAUGGCACGUAUUUAUUUAGCGUUCCAAGUUCUGUUUAUUGGAUUGCUCGUCGAUAUCAAAUACCCGUGUUAACCAUUGUGUUGAACAACAGAGGCUGGAACGCGCCACGCAGCAGUCUUUUGCUCGUUCAUCCUGACGGUGAAGGGUCUCGACUGUCUAACGAGGAGCUAAAUAUAUCCUUUUCGCCUACCCCGGAUUAUGCUGGAAUUGCGAAAGCUGCUGCAGGAGGCCAGCUGUGGGCCAAUAGGGCUGGAAGUGUAGAAGAACUGGCAAUGAGGUUGCCUGAGGCUAUCGAAGCUGUGAUGAAUGGUACAGGGGCAUUGCUAGAGGCGCAACUAAAUGGUAGAGAUGGGACGUUUGUCGAAAAUCAGUCCUAG